UACGAAAUGAGAACUGAUAUUGCUCAAGCACUUCAACGUCGAGCGAAAGCUACUCGAAACACUGUCAACAAAUACAAUAAGCAUGUGUUGAUGCUAAAUCCCCCUUGUGACACAUUCGAUUGGACAAAACUUACCCACUUUUCUUUCAUUGAUCAGUUUGACAUCUUACGA